UUACGCGACAGCUUCUUCAAUCCUCUUCUCUUGUUCGCUACCCUGUUUCCCGUUUCUGUCGAUCCCCCCCUGAUUCGGACGCGAGAGAACUCUCCGUCAUAAUUCGCCGGCGACUCUUCCCGAAACCCUAGUCAUCUUACAGUGAGGGAGCAAUGACUACUGCAGCUCGACCAACCUGGGCUCCUGCCAAAGGUGGUAAUGAACAAGGUGGUACGCGCAUUUUUGGUGCGUCUCAGAAGUACUCGUCAAGGGACCUUGCUGCUCAUACCAAUCUCAAGCCGAGGAGGGAAGGUCAAGACACUCAGGUUGAACUGCAGAAAAGGAACCUCCGUGCGGAGCUUGAAGAACGUGAAAGGAAACAUUUCUCAUCAAAGGACAAGUCAUACAGUGAUGACAGAGACCGUAGAAGAGGAAGUCAGCUCCUUUUGGAAGGUUCAAAAAGAGAUAUAGACGACCGCAUUAUUCCUCGUAGAGAAGAUGCUGAUGAUUCGGAUGUCGAAGCAAACAACAAGAGUGAUGAUAGUGAUGACGACGAUGAUGAAGAGGACACCCAAGCUCUGAUGGCUGAGCUUGAGAGGAUAAAGAGAGAAAGAGCAGAAGAAAAGUUCCGACAGGAGCAAGCACUUGCAGCUGAAGAGCUGAAAGCCAAAGAGGAACAGCUUCUCCGUGGAAACCCGUUGCUUAACAGUAAUAACCCAACAUCCUUUAGUGUGAAAAGGAGGUGGGAUGACGACGUCGUUUUCAAGAACCAGACCAGAGGUGAAACCAAGGCGCCAAAACGUUUCAUCAACGACACCAUCAGGAAUGAUUUCCACCGCAAGUUCUUGCACAAGUACAUGAAAUAG